GUGGGAAAAUGGAAUGCGAUGGAAGGUUCAAGUCGAUGGUUCUGACUCAGGUCCCGUUGGCGUGAUGUAGGACGCCAGUGGUUGUUGCUGUGGCCGGCAAAUUGAAGCUAAACAGGAACCUUCAACGAACCAAUAAAAGAAUCAGCUUCCUUUACAUCUCAUUCAACCGGUACCAGCAGCUCCAGGGGUUUCCUCAUCUCACACUCUUCCGCUACUAAAAAAGAAUUCUAUCCGUAACAACCAUGGCCGUCCCUGUUCAGCCCCUUCACAACCCUACGCCUCUGCUGCACUCUUCAGAGCUCACCCGCAAGACUCAGAUUAAUAUCUGGCUCAAGCUUGAGAACCUGCAGCCGAGUGGAUCUUUCAAAAUAAGAGGUCUUGGGCACAUGUGUCAAAAGGCGGCUCUGAAGCACGGCUCCAAGACUCAUCUAGUCUGCUCCUCUGGCGGUAAUGCUGGCCUGGCCGUUGCAUAUGCAGGACGGCAGCUCGAUGCCAAGGUCACUGUCGUUGUCCCUCAGUCGUGCAGUCAGUUCAUGAUGAAAAAGAUUCAGGCUGAGGGGGCCGCUGUGGAGGUAGAAGGAGAGGCCUGGGAUGAAGCUGAUCUGCGAGCGCGUACCAUUGUUGCUAACGACCCACACGCAGUGUACAUCCCGCCAUUUGAUCACCCCGAUAUCUGGGAGGGCAAUUCGACCAUGAUUUCCGAGCUUAAAGCGCAACUAGGCGGAAUUGUCCCCGAUGCGAUUGUCUGCUCAGUCGGAGGAGGAGGUCUGAUGAAUGGCGUUAUCCUUGGAUGCCAGGCUGCCGGCUGGAGCAAAGUCCCUGUGCUUGCGGUCGAGACCCAUGGUGCCAACUCGUUCCAACAAUCCGUCUUGGCUGGCGAGCUGGUCACUCUGCCCAAGAUCACAUCCAUAGCCACGUCACUUGGGGCCAAGAAAUCCUCUGCAAAAUCCCUCGAGCUGAGCCUUGUGCAUCCUGUUGUGCCUUUUUCAGUGAGUGACGCGAUGGCAGCUCGCGCAUGCUGGCAACUUCUCGAUGAUCACCGCUUCGCGGUGGAGCCUGCCUGUGGUGCGUCCCUAGGCAUUGCGUACACGCCUGGAUUGCUAUCCAACAUCUUCCCUAACCUGAAUCAGGAUUCAAACGUGGUCGUUAUUGUCUGUGGAGGAUCCAACAUCCAUUUCGACUUGCUUAGUGAGUACAAGGAGAAGUUCGGGGCGGAUGGCCAGCAGUCAUCUAUUGCUGUUAGAAGUGGUGACCAAAUCUUGCUCAAAAUGACGAACGAGACUAUGCCGGCGCAGAGCGCUAUAUUUUCAAAUGUUUACAAGGCCACAUCCAAGACGAAGGAAGACCUCAACGUUACCACUGUCACUGUCAAGGAUGAAAUUCUUGUAGCUCCCACUGGAACCGUUAUAGCAGAAAAGGUAUUCGUGGAAGCCUAACUUCCUCACUAUAAAUAUAGAUGCCGUAGAAAAUACAAUAGAGCC